AUGGACGACGGUCCUCCUCCCCCGCCGCCUCCGCAUGGAGCCAAUCCCAAGACCACUGAAGGUAGCCAUGCACCUCCUCCCGGCCCGAGCGGCGGCCUCCCACCGGGCAACUAUGACAUCUUCAUUAUACCGCCGCAUUCUUCAGGCGGCGGCUUCAUAUACCUCCCCAGCUUGGGCGUGCAGCAAAACAGCUUCAUCGCGGGUGUGCUCAGCACCAUAGCGAGCAUACUGCUGUGGAAGGCUGCCGAGCCUCACGCCAAGCAAUACUUCCUCAUAGUCCGACAUGGAGUGUCGACUGGUGGCAAUGGUGUCAUACUGCUGGCGGUCUUGAUGUUGAUUGCCGGAUGGGCAGUUGGCCAGACUCAAGCUGGAGGCCGUUUCACUAGUGGUGGAGGAGGCUAUGGUAAUGGCCGCGGUGGAGCUGGAGCUGGCGCUGGAGCAGGUCCAAACACGCCAGGAGGAAGCUCAAGCUAUCAACGUGCACCUCCACCACCUCCUCCUAAUGGCGGCUUUCCCGGCAGUCCUCCACCUCAUGGCGGUUGGGGUGGAUACCGCCAAUACGCUGGAUCGCCGCCACCCCCACCACAAGACGACGAACCUUCGUUCGACGAAGAGGCUGAACGAGCCGAAGAGGAGCGGAGACAAGCCGAGGAGAAGGAGAAGAGGCGGAAAGAGAAGGAGGAGAAGAAGCGGAAAGAGGACGAAGAACGUAAGAGGAAGGAAGACGAAGAACGCGAGCGAAAAGAGAAAGAGGAACAACGCAAACGAGCCGAGGAGGCUAAGAGGAAGCAGGAAGAGGAAGAAGCUGAGCGCAAGCGGGCUGAGAAGGCGGCGAAGAAGAAGAAACAAGAAGAGGAGCUGAAGAGAAAACAAGAAGAGGAGAUCGAAAGGAAGCUGAAGGAAGAGCUAAGGAAGGUUAAGGAGGCUGAGGAGGCAAAGCGAAGACAAGAAGAGGAAGAGCGCAAGCGUGCUGAAGAGGCUCAACGGCAGGCUGAAGAAGCUCGACGGCAGGCCGAAGAGGAAGCUAGACGAAAGCGUGAAGCUGAAGAGCAAAGACUUGCCGAAGAAGCCAGGAAGCAGCGAGAGGCAGAGGAACAAAGACUGGCCGAGGAAGAGAAGAAACGACAAGAAGAAGCUGAGCGACAACGAAUCGCAGAAGAGGAACGCAAGGCCGAAGAAGAACGCCGCCUGGCCGAAGAGGCUCGACUCCGAGCUGAAGAGGAGAAGAGGAAGAAAGACGAGGAAGACCGUAGACGAGCAUGGGAAGAACUCAAACGAGCAGAAGAAGCACGACAAAAAAAGGAGGCCGAAGAGAAGGCAAAAGCAGAGGCAGCCAAAGCAGCCAAAGCCAAAGCUGAAAAGGAGAAAUGGGAACAGAUGCGGAAACGCGAGCGCGAACAACGCGAACGUGAAGCACGAGAGCGCCUUGCCAAAGAGAAAGCCCGCAAGCAACAAGAAGCCCUCGAGAAGGAGAAGGCAGAGCGAGAAGCCCGUGAAGCUGAAGUCCGCGCACAAGUCGAGAAGGAGAUACGCGAGAAGCUUGAAGCAGAACAACGAGCCAAAGCCGCUGAGGAAGCCGCAAAGAAGGCCGAGGCAGAAAAGAUCGCUGCCGAGGAGGCUGCCGCCAAAGCAAAAGCCGAAGCAGAGGCAGCCCUUGCAAAAGCCAAAACAGAUGCUGAACGCGCCGAACGCCUCAAAGCAGCCCGUGAACGCGCUCAGAAAGAUCGAGAAGCGCGGGAAGCAAAACUCAAGGCGGAAGCCGAGCGUAUCAAAGCUGAAGCUGCCGCCGCUGCAGCCACCGCAGCUGUCCCCGAUCUCACAGCCCGACGCUCAACUACCUACGGUAACGUUGGCGGCGGCGAACGACUGGAUCCGUAUGCUGGUGCCAGAAGUACUCCUCCUCCUCCUCCGCCCGCCGCCUCAGUUACAUCGACGCAUUCCUCCCCGAUCAAGGCCACUGUCACACCCAAGAAACCGUACGAACGUCCCUCCGCCAAAUCAUAUGUGCCCAGCGAAUCAGACGCCGCGUCUUUCGUUCCGCCCCGUACUUCCACCGCGCCUCCCCGCUCCACUGCAACGCGGUCGCACGUGUCUUCCGCAUAUUCGGAAUCCGUGUCGAGUUAUGCGCCCAGCCAGUCUACAACUCGCACAUCGCCUCCUGCGUCCCGGAGCGGCCCGUACUCGACGGCUGACCCGAAUAAAAUUGUUAUCAAGGCGGUUUAUCUUUUUAACGACUUGUUCCCUAAGCCCGUCGCCCAACUUGUGUCCAACGUGGGUAAAGUGACUGAUGGGCUUAUUCUCAAAAUACAAUCCGAAGGUCUCUUCAUCGAUGAUGAUGUGAGGGGUAUUCCACAAAGAGAAUGGGACGUCAAAGCCUGGACGCUGAAGAUGGUUGAGACCGGCAAACUGCCCGCCAAAAACCUACACAUACUUCGUGCCUCGGUCCGUGAUACCGACGGCAAGAAGUACGUCUUCCUGAUUGAUGAAACAGAGAGCUGGAAAUUGGCUCUGGGUCUUCAGCGCUUGCGUAAGGGUAGCCAGGUGAGGAGUUUGCAGAGUGCGCAGAUGGCGCCGAAUGAGAUGGCGAGGGUGUUGAACGCUGUGCCGCCAAUUGCCCUGUAA